UACCCCGCUCAGUCUCAGGCCGGGUAGGACCCCAGCAACAACUCUGCGAUCAAUUCAACCUAUGUAGAUCGGGUUUUACAAUCGCCUUCCAUCCUUUGACUAAACAGCAUUUUGUGGGAAUAUAUAACCACCAUUCUUUGGAAUACAAACUAAGUCACUCACUGGUAUCAGAAGGCAUUGGGAAGAGGAGAAAAGAAAAAUUUCCAUACUCGAUGACAUUACAUCGCAAUGUCCGAUCGUUUGGGGCAAAUUACCAAGUCCAAGGAUGGGAAAAGCAAGUAUUCCUCGCUCAGCCUAUUUGACAAGUACAAGGGAAAAUCAAUAGAAACCCCUAAAAAUACAGUAGUUCCUCGACAUGGCUUACAGAGUCUUGGCAAAGUGGCAACAGCCCGGCGUAUGCCCCCACCUGCUCUGCCGAGUUUAAAAUCUGAAAACAAAGGAAACGAUCCAAACGUGGUCAUUGUGCCUAAAGACGGAACAGGAUGGGCAAACAAGCAGGAACAACCCGAUCAAAAGAGUUCUAUUGUAUCAAUACAACAGCUGCAGGAGUUGCAGCCGCAGCAGGCUUUACAGAAAUCUGUCUCCAAUCUUCAGAAACCAUCACCAAUAGCCAACCCAGAGAACACAAACACAGGUGGACCAAAGCAAUGGGCCCAGCUAAAUGGAAAGGGAGUAGAGCCGGAUGGUUUAAGGGGCUCAAGCCGACUUCAACCCUUCUCUCACGAGGAAUUUCCCACACUGAAAGCAGCUGGAGAACAGGACAAGGCUGGCAAGGAAAGAAGCGGCUUCGAUCCGUCGUAUGGGCCAGGACCAAGCCUCCGCCCCCAGAAUGUAACAAGCUGGAGGGAAGGUGGUGGCAGGAACCUUCAACCUUCAUCUCUGACCCUCGCUCUGCCAGCAGAUCCUGAGGGGAAGCCUACUGCCAUCGGUGAGUCUGGGACACUCUCAGCCUCAUCUCACCCUUCCUCUGCCACUGCUACCACUUCAUCCACUUCAACAAUAACUCCACCACCAAGCUUUGAUCCUAAAGAGCCUUCCCUGAGACCAGCUCAGCCUGUUCGCAGAACAGCGGUCCCUACAGCCCUGCAAUACCAGCUCCAACAUACUUCUACUGCGGUCUACCAUGAUAUGUUACCUGCUUUUAUGUGCUCAAAAGAAACACGGGAGGCCCCAGGACCAGACCAUGCACAUAAUACUAUAUCAGCCCCUGUUCGUUUUGAAAGUAAACCAACUUUUAGACACAACUAUGCUAAACCAGAGUUGGUAAAUGGAGACUUGAGGAGAGAGAACCGCUUUGUUCGUGCACCACCAAGGGUCUCCUCUCAACCCAUCCGCAGGCCAGGUGACAAGCCACUUCGGCCAGCUAUCAUUAAUCCCGAAGACCUGAAGGAUCUGGAUGAUCUAGACAAUGACUGUGAGGAUGGAUGGGCAGGACUCCAUGAAGAGGUGGAUUAUAGUGAAAAACUUAAAUUUAGUGAUGAUGAAGAGGAUCAUGCUCCUUGUGAGAAAAACAAACCAUGGACUGAUUGGGAAAACGAAAACCAGCGUGACUGCCACUCCUCCCUAAGUUUAGAAGAUUCUCACCCCCAGGAGAGCCCAGAAGAUAACUAUCGCUACCAACAUCAUCAUGAACCUCCUAGGAAAACCAGUGGCAGAUGCAUCUCCGCAGACAGUCAGCAGAAACACCAUGGUGACCCUGCAGGGGAACAAGAGGACCACCAACGGCAAUCUCAUGUUCAGCCUCCAAGCAGGGGGAAGUUUGUGCCCGCUGAGUUGUCUGAAGCUGUUGAAAGAGCACGCAGACGUCGAGAGGAGGAGGAGCGACGUGCACGGGAGGAACGAUUGGCUGCAUGUGCUGAAAAACUUAAAAAACUGGAUGAAAAGUUUGGCAAAAUCGAGAGACAGACUUCUAAAACAGAUGACAGCAACAAAGAUCUAGAGGGAAGGGAUGUUACUCUUUCUCCCAACCGAGAUCAAAAUAAAUGCCAGCAUGACACCUGGCAAUACAGCACAAAGGAUGGAAAUGAGAGUGCCACUGAUAACACUUCUGCGCAUAGCUAUCAAGAGGAAUCGGGCUUCUCUGGUUAUCGUGGAAGUGACGAGGAAGGUCUAGAGCCCUCUUCCCCCCCAGGAGACAAUACUGUUCGCCAUACAGCUAAACCAAUUCCUCCCCGCUUUCAAAAGCAGCCACAUCACCAGCAACAGGAACAAUCAUACAAAAUGCAGCACUGGCAACAAUCAGGCCAUCCAUCCACCACUGGCUCAAGUCAUGCUCAGCGGGGUUAUUAUCCCCCACAUGUUCUUGGAUUUGACCCUCGCUGGAUGAUGAUGCCACCUUAUAUGGAUCCCCGAAUGACACAAGGAAGAUCUCCUGUGGAAUAUUAUUCAUCUUCAGCAGGGAUGAUAAAACCCAUGAUGGCCCAGGAUCACAGCCCUGUGUCUGAUGAAGGUUGCCAUUCAAGUUUGCAUCCAGAGAGGAGAGCACCUUCCACCGAAUCCUGCACCAUGUGGAACCAAGAAAGCUAUCCCUUGCGCAGCUUCACUCCACCCUAUCAAAGACAACAUGAAGGCUCUGAGAGUUUGCGCCACGAUGACAGAGGUGAUAUGACAUGCCCCCAACAUGACUCUUAUGAAGAGAGAGCUAAAGAACGCCUAGAUCGUCUUCAAGAUAAUCUCUCUUGUCAUUCAUACCACAAUAGAGGACCAGACAGGGAAAACAGACACCAUGAUGAAUUACUGUCUCCAGCUCACCCUCCCCACCAUGGAGACGCUGAUUAUCAAAGAGUGGACCACAGAGACAAAUACAUGAGGGAGGCAGCUGAGUCACAUGAUGAUGCAUCAGACAAGGAUAUUUGGAAGAGAGAUUCACUGAAGAAAGACAAUGGUCAGUGGUCUGAACCCAGUUCUAGCUGCAGCAGUGUUGGACAGCCUUCUGAGACUAGUGGAAGAAUGCUUACUCGCAGAACUGGACCAAUCAAAAAGCCAGUUCUCAAAGCUCUAAAAGUAGAAGAUAAGGAAAACGAAAAGCCUAAAGCAGAGCCUGAUGAGAAACCUGUACCAUAUCGCCUUGAAAAAGAAGUUCUCACCAAUGUGUAUGACUUGAAGAAAGAUAACCAACCAGCAAACAACAGGCGCUCUGCUUCACCCAUUGAAAAACAAUCUGAAGAGAAGCAGCGACAGUCCCCUGCUCAAACUAAAACUGACAAAUCUUUGUGCACCAACAAUGAGGACUUUCCAAAAGACAACAGCUGGGAGAAUGGCAAGAUUCAUUCACCUAGAGAUGGCCAUGAAAAUCGUGAGCCACAGUUACAUCGCCGUAAUAAUUGGAUUUUUAUUGACGAAGAGCAGGCCUUUGGUGGUGUGAGGGUCACAGGUAGAGGUGGCAGUCGUGGUUUUAGGGAAUUUAACUCAAGAGGAGGGAGAGGUGGAAGAACUGCAGAUGGUCUCAGAGCAACUUACAACAACAAUAACAACAGUGGAAGUGUCACUCACCGGGCAAGCAGAGGCCGUGCAGUCCCUAGGGAUCAUGUAAAGAUGGAAGAAUUCCAAAGGGGUAAGCCAAGGAGACGCAAUGUUAGUGAAACCUUGAGCGAAGCUUCAGAAUAUGAAGAAAUGCCCAAGAGACGCCGUCAGAAGGGGUCCGAAAAUAGUGAAAUAUACACAGAACCUGAAGUCCGGAAAGCUGACAGGGAUUCUUGGAGAUCAAACAAGGUGUAUACUGAUGACCAAGCAUCAACUGAUUCCAGAGAAAAACCCAAAGCAAGAGGUGUUGGGGGUCGUGCCCUUCCUCCAAGGCUGAACAUAAGUGGAGGCUACAAUCGAAACUAUGGUGGUUCUAGAGACAUGUCGUCAUGGAGGGGCCGUGGAACUCAGUUUACUAACAGUGGGUCAGGGCAAGAAAACGGUUAUGAUCCAGGACAUGAAAACGUUUACUCGCGUAGAUCUGCUGUUGAGAAUGUGAAAUACACCCCUAAAUUUACAGUAUCCUUAAAUGAAAAUGGCACAGAAGAGCGUGAAGGGGAGUACUACUUUGACAAUGACAACCCUGACAGACAAGUUUUAAGAAGACGCAGACCACCUCGUCAAGACAAACCCCCACGUUUCCGAAGGUUAAGGCAAGAACGUGACCCCAGCUCAAACCAGUGGACAAGUGAUGAAUACUUAAAUGGUGACUUUGCAAACUGGCCUUCACGCUCCAAAGGAGAUGACAGCUGGCCCAGUGGACACUAUACUGUGCGUUCUGCACAACAUGGUCAAGCAGAGGAAUGGGAAACUGGUUCAGACACCAGUGACUUUGGGGACUGGCGGGACAAGAGGAGUGGAAGUAGCAGCUCAGCUCAACAGGGCCUCUCUGAUAUCCCUUCUGACCCAGGUCAUGGUGAACCAGGUGCCAGUGAGAAAAGAGAACUUUCAAAGAGAAGCUUUUCCAGUCAGAGACCUCUUGUAGAUCGACAGAACAGAAAAGGAGAGCCACCUGUCCUGGAAACAAACAAAAUUUCACGUACACCUGAAAAUCCUCCACCAACUUCAUCAAACAGAAGUGACAAUUGGCCUAAUGGAAGUGUAUGUAGGAGGACCCCAGAAGAGGCCGGAUCAGUUUAUGGCAUAGAUCAGUCUGAGGAAAGGGAUACGUGUGAGUCCACUGGGAAGAAAUUAAACAAGGACCUAAAGCAAGGACCUGUGAAGACCGACCUUGAACCCUUGUCACAGUAUGAGCUUGGUAGCUAUCAACUUGAAAGUGACACAGGAGGACCAGUGCCAAGCUCAGAUGGUUACCAGGAAGCCUUGUCUAAGAAGCAGAGACGUCCACAAGAUGAAGAAAGGAGGAGAAAGGAACAGGGAGCUACAAUACCAGGGAAGAACAGGGUUAUGGCAUCUAAGAUUCCUCCACGCUUUGCAAAAAAGCAAGGAAGCGUGACAAUUGACCACCCAGAGGAAGCACUCUCUUCAAAUAAUCUUGGAACAGAAAUCUGGGAAACCAAUAGCUCAGCUCUUUCCGUUCCUACUUCAGGUGGAGAUUCUUGGACUAAACAGGUCUCAUACACGGGGAGUGAGCCCAACUCUGAGGACUCUGAUGCAAGCCCAGAUCAAAGCAAAGAACAACACAAGCCAGGCCCUAUUGGGAAUGAACGCUCAUUGAAAAACCGCAAAGGUUCAGAAGGUGUUGAUAGGCUUGAAGGUGGUCCCAUUACACCAGUCAAUGGUGUGGAUCUUCAUGUGGACAGUGUACUGCCUGUGCCUCCAAUUGAGUUUGGUGUCAGUGCCAAAGACUCUGAUUUUAGUCUACAGCCAGGUUCUACUGCAGUGCCUGUGUCAAAUCCUGUAAACAAGCUUCAGGAUGCACUUACCAACAAUACUGCGCUUAAUCAGACUAUCCCAAUGCUCCGUUCGAACCAUUUGCAGCCUGGUAUAAACCUCAAUCCCUUAUCAUUUCCUUCUGCUGACUUGACGUUGAAAAUGGAGUCUGCUCGUAAAGCAUGGGAGAACUCCCAGUCACUGCCUGAGCAGGGAUCUCCUGGAGGUAGUAGUUCUGGCCCUCAGCCUCCAUGCAGUGUAGGUUCAUCUAGUGGUGUCAGCUAUAGCUCUUUUGGUGGAGUGUCCAUGCCUCCAAUGCCUGUAGCAUCAGUUGCACCCUCCAUGUCAAUGCAAGGAAACCAUAUUCCCCCUUUGUACUUGGAUGGUCAUGUAUUUCCUAGCCAACCUCGCCUUGUGCCACCAACCUUGACACAACAACAAUCUUAUCAACAGGCGGCUGCAGCCCAGCAGAUUCCUAUCUCUUUGCACACAUCUCUUCAGGCUCAGGCUCAGCUGGGGCUUCGAGGGGGUCUUCCUGUCUCUCAGUCUCAAGAGAUGUUCAGUUCAAUUCCCCCAUUCAGAUCCCAGGUUUAUAUGCACCCAAAUCUGUCCCAGCCCAACCCUAUGGUUCUGUCUGGUGGAGCCCCUCUCAAAGGGCCCUACUCAAGUUUUCCUGGUAUGCAGCCUUCUGAAAUGGUGAAGCCUCAGUCAAACUCUCACUAUCAGCCAAUGAAUGGCAACCAGCCUAUGGUGUAUGAUAACCAGAUGAAUCAGGGUCCUGGAAUGGGGUCUUCCCAGUUAAUGGACUCUCAACUCAUCCAGGUAACCAUGCCUCUACCUGGCUCCCAGCUACGCUACGGAUCUGCGCAGCAGCAUCUGAUUCUUCCCCAGUCCAUACAGUUGCAACAGGGGCAGAACUUGUCUGUGGGUGCUCCACGUCGGAUGAUGCCCCCAGGUUCACAGCCCCCUGUCAUACCCGGUAGUAGAGAGGGGUCACAGAUGGACAUGAAGAAUUUUCAGUUCUCUGAAAAACCCAGUCAUUCCCCGGGUAUCUCUGGAGGAACAUAUAGGCCUGGGUCUGCAAGUCCCAGUGGGAAGCCCUCUGGUCCUGGAGGACCUCUGGCCACACACUUUCCUCAACAGGUUCCUACUGCUCAGGGCAGCAUGAUGAUGCACAUGCGCCCACCCACCACUGGCCCUUUCCCUAACCCCAUACAGAGACCAGUCAUGCAGGUCAACAAAUCUGUCAUCAUUCGCUCCCCCCCUUAUUCCAAUCCUGGUCGUGACCCGCCUCACUCUGCACCCCCCUCAGCCCCUGAGCCCUCCAUCAAAGGGCCAGAGGAUGGCAUGAAGGUGAGCCACCCACUGUAAAUAUAGACCAAAACCAUCCGAGAUGUGCGCAAGGCAGUUGGUGAAGGCAAGGCAACACCUGUGGGAUUAACCAGCAAACUACAGGAGCCUCUUCCUACAGGGCAAGCCAAACCAGCACGCACUGGAGCUAUCAAACCCCAGG